AUGGUUAGCGUCGUUAACUCCAAAGCUGAUGUCUUGAAGGCCACUCAAGCAUUGUUGGUGAACUGCAAUGCUGCCCAAGGCCUCAGUGAGGUUAUGAAGAGCAAUCUCGGCCCUAGGGGCACUCUCAAGAUGCUCGUUGGAGGUGCUGGCCAGAUCAAGAUCACCAAGGAUGGGAGUGUUCUCCUUAAAGAGAUGCAAAUUCAGCACCCUACUGCCUCUAUGAUAGCCCGAGCCGCUGCAGCACAAGAUGAGACCAGCGGUGAUGGCACCACGUCGACUAUUCUGUUUAUUGCCGAGCUCAUGAAGUUGUCUCAGAGGUACAUCAAUGAUGGUGUGCAUCCCCGCAUUCUAGCGGAUGGAUUCGAUGCAGCUCGGAUGGAGGUAUUGAAUGCGGUCCGUCGUGUUCUCUUGAAUAUUGAUCAUCUUCAGAUAGCAACCUUUUUGGAAGAGUUUAAAGUGAAGUGUGGCUGGGAAGAUAGUGACAUUCUCUCCUGCAUAGCCAGGACCUCUCUCCGGACUAAACUUCCUGGCAAGCAGGCUGACCAGUUGGCGGAUAUCAUUGUCCAGGCCCUCCAGCUCGUAAGGGAGGACAACGAGGAGGUAGACUUGCAUAUGGUAGAAGUUAUGACUAUGCAAGAGAGGCUCGCUAUGGAGACUAGACUGGUGAAAGGCCUUGUACUUGACCAUGGGACCCGCCAUCCCGACAUGCCUCACAGGCUCGAGAACUGCUAUAUUCUCACCUGCAACGUCAGUCUUGAAUAUGAGAAGGCUGAGGUGAACACUACUUUCGCUUACAGCAAUGCUGAGCAGAGGGAACGUCUUGUUGAGUCUGAGAGGAAGUUCACCGAUGAUAAGGUGGCUAAGAUUAUCGAAUUAAAGCAGACUGUGUGUGGUGACUCCGACAAGACUGGCAAGCACUUCGUUGUUAUCAACCAGAAAGGUAUCGACCCCCCAGCGUUGGAUAUGCUGGCUAAGGAGGGUAUCAUGGCAUUGCGUAGGGCUAAGCGGAGAAACAUGGAACGCCUUGUACUCGCAUGUGGCGGCGUUGCUGUGAACUCUGUCGAGGAUCUUACUCCUGAUGAUCUCGGCUAUGCUGAUGAGGUUUAUGAGAAGGUCAUUGGUGAUGAUAAGUAUACCUUUAUUGAAGGAGUCCAACAUCCUCGUUCCUGCACCAUACUCCUCAAGGGCUCCAAUGACUACGUUAUCAACCAGAUGAAGGAUGCUGUCCGUGAUGGCCUACGUGCCGUGAGAAAUGCGGCUCAAGACGGUGCGGUGGUCCCAGGAGCCGGUGCCUUCGAGUUGGCUGGUCAUGACCACUUGAUGGAGUUCAUGAAGAAGAACGUUAGUGGUAAGACUAAGCUCGGUGUUGAAGUUUUCGCCAAGGCAUUGCUGGCUAUACCCCAGACCCUCGCUGAGAAUAGCGGUUUUGAUAUUCAGGACACCAUACUGAAGCUGGAGGAAGAGUACCAGAAUGCUGAUGGCGAGGCGGUGGGCCUAGACGUAUAUACUGGAGACGCCAUCUCCCCCGAAGCUGAGGGUAUCUGGGAUAAUUACGUUGUUAAGAAAGAGAUGCUUGCCUUGGCACCAGUGCUGGCCCAGCAGUUGUUGCUAGUUGAUGAGGUCAUUAGAGCUGGAAGGCAGAUGGGCAAGGAGUAA